AGUAAAAUUGAGUUCUUGGCUUGGUUUUAUGUCUGAGCUGAAGUAGGCGAAAAGAACGUUGGAAGUCAUUUUGCUGCGGUGGGAUCCCGCGAUGGGCGGCAGGGGGCGGUGGGUCGGGGAGGAUGAGCAGGGGAAAGGUCAGAACGGGCUACUCCCGAAGUCGAUGCGCAUCUUUUCGUCCUGCCUGAAGACUGUUUCGUCAAACGCGGGGUCCGUCGUGAGCAGCGUCCGAUCCGCUGGGGCGUCCAUCGCCGCGUCCAUCGCCGCUCCGCCCGAAGAUGACAAGGACCAGGUUUUAUGGGCUGGCUUUGAUAAGAUAGAGCUUGGUCCAACUUCCUUCAAGCAUGUUCUACUUCUUGGUUAUUCAAAUGGAUUUCAAGUGUUUGACGUGGAGAAUGCUUCAAGUGUAUGCGAACUGGUUUCCAAGCGUGAUGGCCCAGCUACUUUUUUACAAAUGCAGCCCAUGCCGAUCAAAUCUGAAUCUACUGAAGGACUCAGAGCAUCACAUCCUUUGCUCUUGGUUGUUGCUGGUGAUGAAACCAAUGGCACUGGUGUGGUGCAAGGUGGUCAUCUGAGUGCAUCAAUGAGAGAGAACAAAAGUGAACCUCGGGCAGAAAACAGCAUCUUAAUUCCUACAGCCGUCUGGUUCUACUCACUCAAAUCUCACAGUUAUGUUCAUGUUCUGAAAUUCAAGUCUGCUGUAUAUAUGGUUCGAAGCAGUCCCCGAAUUGUUGCUGUGUUAUUUGCUACACAAAUAUUGUGUUUCGAUGCAGUUACUCUUAAGCAAAAGUUCAGCGUACUUACCUAUCCAUUACAAGGAGCACCUGGUGUUAACAUUGGUUAUGGUCCAAUGGCUGUUGGCUCUAGGUGGUUAGCUUAUGCUUCUGAUAACCCUCUUGUACCAAAUUCAGGCCACCUUAGUCCACAAAAUCUUACUCCCUCUCCAGGUGUCAGCCCAUCAACUUCACCCAGCAGUGGAAACUUAGUUGCACGUUAUGCAAUGGAAUCUAGUAAAACAUUGGCUGCUGGAAUUCGAAAUCUUGGAGAUAUGACUCACAAAACUUGGUCAAAAUAUUGCCAAGAGAUACUUCCUGAUGGCUGUAGUUCUCCUUUGUCAUCAAAUUUGAGCAGGAGAUCUGGAAGACAUCCACCAACUUCACAUUCAAGUGAAUCUGAUAAUGCAGGAAUGGUGGUUGUUACAGAUUUCACUUCAACGGAUGUCAUUUCACAAUUUAGGGCCCAUACCAGUCCGAUAUCUGCUCUAUGUUUUGACCCAAGCGGUACUCUUUUGGUCACAGCUUCAGUACACGGGCACAAGAUAAAAAUUUUCCGAAUCAUGCCAACUCGUGUACUAAAUGGUUCUGGCCCAGCACGUUACAAUUGGACGUCGUCGCAUGUGCAUCUUUACACACUAUGUCGUGGGAUAACAGCAGCUGUCAUCCAGGAUAUCUCGUUUAGCCAUUAUAGUCAAUGGAUUUCAAUUGUUUCAUCUAAGGGUACCUGCCACAUAUAUGUUCUAUCGCCUUUUGGUGGUGAUGCUAGCCUUCAACUACAAAAUGUGAAUGGUGAAGGACCGGUUCUAACUCCUAAUCUAACGUCGCCAUGGUGGUCAGCUGCAUGUUGCAUGAUGCAUCAACAGUCACAUGCACCUCCACAUCCACCUCCAAUUACUUAUUCUGUAGUUAGUAGGAUUAAAAAUGUUAAUUCCAGUUGGCUAAGUACUGUUAGCAGUGUUGCUGCUUCUGCAGCAGGAAAGACAUUUGGACCAUCAGGUGCUGUUGCUGCUAUGUUUCAUAAUUCUCUUUACCAUGAUCUUUCACCGGUUCCCCCCAAGGCGAACUCUUUGGAACAUCUUCUAGUUUACUCUCCGUCUGGUCUUGUCAUACAAUAUGAACUUCUUUUAUCUUCAUUUGUGGAGCCUUGUGAUAGCAGCUUGAAAGCUUUACCUGCUCCUUUGUUGCAACUUCAAGAUGAAGAAUUACAUGUAAAUGCUGAGCCAGUUCAGUGGUGGGAUGCAUGUCGAAGAUCAAAUUGGCCUCAAAGAGAGGAACAUGUUUCCAUAAUUAUCUUUAAUAAUCAACAAGAUAGUGAGACUGUCAUCAAUUCAGGAGAUUGUAAAGAUAAUGGAAGUUCAUGUAUCCUGUCAAGUGCCAAUGGUGUACCUGGAACAGAGUCAAUGGGAAGUGAAAGGUCCUGGUACUUUUCAAAUGCAGAAGUACAGAUUAGCUCAGGAAAGGUCCCAGUGUGGCAGAAAUCAAAGAUUUGUUUCUGUUUGUUGGAUCCACUACCAGCUUUUGAAGGUUGUGCAGAAGAUCUUACUCAUGGAGAAAUUGAGAUUGAAAAAUUAUCUUUUAAUGAGGUGGAAAUAAGGCAAAAGGAUUUACUUCCUGUUUUUGAGCAAUUUCAUGGAUUCCAGUCAGACUGGAAUGACAGGGUUGGUGGUAGAUACCAAACUUCAUCAGGAGGUUUGCUUGAUCCAAGCAAUGGGCCAAGAACCACAGAAGAUUUGCUUGGUUUAAGUGAGACAAGGCCUAAUGAACGUGUUAGCUUGCCGUUGAUGGAGAAGUCUAUUCCUAAUGAAUCUGGUCAUGGUUUGUCUUCAGUUAUCAGAAAUGACGUUGAUGCAUUGUCAGAAUUUAAAGCAUCAGCCGUAAUGCCAAGAAAGUGCUCUGCCAAAAGUUGCAUCCAACUUAAUUUGAAAAACACUGAUAACUAUCCUGUCAAGAAUGACUCAGUCAACAAUGGUGUGUCAACAAGAUCAAGUGGCCUGUCAUAUAAUGGUAGAUUGGCUGUAGAUAAUUACUCUCUGAACAAUAAUGGCAGUAGAAAAAUUCCAAAGACAUGUAUUACCAACACCCAUAUGGAACAAGCUGAAAGUGCUGAUUCCCAAGAGUUUGGUCAAUAUUUUGAUGAGGGCUAUUGUAAAGUAUCAGGACUUGAUGACUGCUGUGAGUUAACUGAAGCUGUUAAUGAUGCAGACAGCAACAGCAGCCAUUGCGAGAUAGAAAAGACCGAAGAAGAUGGGGACAAUUUCAAUAUGCUGGGAGGUGUAUUUGCCUUUAGCGAAGAAGGUUGAUGGCACUUGGUACAUUUGCCUUGAUACCAAAAGAUGGAGCGCUUACCAUUGUAUUUAUCUUCUUACGUUUGUGAUUUCUCCCUUCAAUAAUGCACUGUAGAAGAUAGUGGCUUCAAAACCUUUGUAGGAGUAAAUUUCUAUUUUUCAAAGCUGACUCUACAUACGAACUGGAAGCUAUCAACGUGUACUAGAGUAACAACUCUCUUUCUAUUUGAUUCCCAUUUGGCAAUCAAAGGUAUUUACCUUAUGAUUGGGCACAGCUGAUUGAGAGAACCAUAACUCAAUGCUGAAAGUGUGAGAGAUGGAAGCUAAAAGUCUGCUUAUCGGGUCACCUGUCCUUUCACCAUUAUUGUACAUUCUGUAGAUUUGGAAUUUUAAUUUAUGAAGUUGGACAUGCUUCCUAGA